GAAAAAUUAUAGGAGAUUCGAGAACAAAGCCGUUGUGAAAAUACAAAGAAAUAAAAAUCAAAUUAUAGAAUAAUUCUUUUGUGAGAAGAGACCACAAAAAUUGGAUGAAGUAUUAGCGGCAGAAGUUGGUACCUUCUUUUGGCUAUUGGAGACCGUCUCUUUGUCUCACGACAAUUAUAUCACUCAUCUCAUUCGUAGAUAAGGGAAUUGAGCCCCUGAAUGAUGCACUAUUUAGUCUUUUAACCGAAUUAAAUUAAUUAACAAUUUUUUUUUGUUGGAUUGAGUAUGAACGCUUAGAUGUUAUUAGUUGGAUUCAAGUGUACAAGGUUUGAAUCUUAUUGUUGAAUGUUGCAUUUUGAAAUGAUGAUUUGUCAUUUUAUUUGUAAUAUAGAGAUGAUUUGUUAUUUAAAUUUCGAUGUAGAGAGAAUUUUUUAAGAUAGGCUAUAUAUAUUUGGUGUCAAUAAUUUUCCAACUUUCCUUACAUGAUUUGUUAAAACCGAUUUAUGAACCCACGUAACAAUCUAAAUUGACAACAUUACCCUUAACUCCAAUUGUCAUAAUUUUGUAGAACAGUUCCUUUCUUUUUACUUCUUUUAGUCAGUAUCAGAUUCAGAACAUUGUUUGUUUGAGUCUGUAAUGAUGACACUGGCAACAAUUUUUUUUUUGUUUGUUUGUAAAAGAGGCAACAGAUUCUUGCUGCUUUAUAUAAUGAACAAAUCGGGGUAGUUAAUUUCAACUUUGUGAUUGGACUUUUAAAAACUCACCAACAACUACAUACAAUACGUAUUUAAAUCCCUCCCCAGCAGAAAUGGCUCUUUGAAGUGUCGGAAUUGGAAGUCUACUAUAAUGAUGUCAAUAUCAAUGAAUCGUCACUCUACUAACCCUCUGCCAUUUCAGUAGGUUAUUCUACGCCCUUCAGAAUAGUGCCCUGGUGAGUUACUGCUCCAAUCAUAUGGUUUGUCUGGAGAUUAGGCUUUGCCAAAACAAAACAAAUAAAAAAUCAUAUGAUAGAAUCAUAGUGACUUGGUAAUUGUAACAUGGUUUAACUAUACCACAACAGACUGACAAUAUGAGAAGCUUCAUUCUUGGAACUGUCCAGCUCUCAAGAAAGACAAACACAGAUCGAUUUCACAAUUUGGUUCAUCCUACUAUGUUGUCCUUUUGGGUAGAAGCCAAGACAUUCACUCCCCCACAUUAUUCAAUGGCUUAUCUUCUUCUGUGUGAUGUGAAACCCAAUUUGUGGUUCCCUUCACACCAGCUUUAUAACUGAUAUCUUUGCCCAUCCCUCAUAUCCAUAAACUCCCACAGAAGGAAAACAACAAAGGAGAAGAAGAAGGCACAGAAAGGUCCUCCGCCGAUCAAUAAUUUCUGGUCAGCACCUUCACUUGGUUGCCAAAUGUGGACCAUGUAAUAUUAUAAGCAUCAUCAUUAUUCUUUGAUUAACUUUUAUUACAUUUAACUAUUGCAGGUUUAAAAAAAAUGUGGACAACAGAUGAUCUCCUCAGCAAUUGUCAACUUGUCACCUGUUCCCCUUACACCCUGAUUAUUUACCUUCUCUAUAUAUACAUUCAAACCAAACUCUCUUCCCACCAUUCUUUCUUCUCACUCUCUUAGCUACCUCACAAAACCAUGGCAUCUGCAGCAGCAACUUGCUCGGCCACAGACCUCGCCUCUCUUCUAUCCUCAACCCAAAACUCCACCCAGGCAGCUGCAACAGCAGCCUACCUCUGCUCCCAGCUAUCCUCCAUCUCCAGCCAGCUCUGCGACACAAACUAUGCAAUCAACAACACUUACCUCCUCUUCUCUGCCUACCUGGUCUUCGCCAUGCAGCUCGGGUUCGCCAUGCUCUGCGCGGGCUCCGUCAGGGCCAAGAACACCAUGAACAUAAUGCUCACCAACGUCCUCGACGCUGCAGCCGGCGGCCUCUCCUACUACCUCUUCGGCUACGCUUUCGCCUUUGGCGCACCUAGCAACGGUUUCAUCGGCAAGCACUUCUUCGGCCUACAUGAUUUCCCGUCCCCUCAGGCCGACUACAGCUUCUUCCUCUAUCAGUGGGCUUUCGCAAUCGCUGCAGCUGGAAUCACCAGUGGCUCCAUAGCCGAGAGAACCCAGUUUGUUGCUUACCUGGUUUACUCUUCCUUCCUGACCGGUUUUGUCUACCCGAUCGUCUCCCACUGGGUCUGGUCUGCUGAUGGGUGGGCCAGUGCGACCCGAACCGAUACCAACGAUCUAUUGUUCGGGUCGGGUGUCAUUGACUUUGCUGGAUCGGGCGUGGUUCACAUGGUUGGUGGUGUUGCUGGGUUGUGGGGCGCUCUUGUUGAAGGACCGCGGAUUGGCCGGUUCGACCGAGGUGGUCGGUCCGUGGUUCUGCGUGGGCACAGUGCUUCCUUGGUUGUGCUCGGUACGUUCUUGCUGUGGUUCGGAUGGUACGGGUUCAACCCCGGUUCGUUUCUGACAAUCGUGAGGGCCUACGGCGAGAGUGGAAACUAUUACGGGCAGUGGAGUGCGAUUGGCAGGACAGCUGUCACCACGACGUUGGCCGGGUGCACGGCUGCUCUGACCACUCUUUUCAGCAAGCGGCUGAUGGUCGGUCACUGGACUGUGACCGAUGUCUGCAACGGUUUGCUCGGUGGGUUCGCUGCGAUCACCUCGGGUUGCUCGGUGGUCGAACCGUGGGCCGCGAUAGUGUGUGGGUUCGUAGCGGCCUGGGUUCUCAUUGGGUGCAACAAGCUGGCUGAGAAGCUGAAAUAUGACGACCCACUGGAAGCAGCGCAAUUGCACGGCGGGUGCGGGGCGUGGGGUUUACUCUUCACCGGGCUGUUCGCGACCAAACAUUUUGUGAACGAGGUUUACCCAGGAAAGCCCGACCGGCCGUACGGGUUGUUCAUGGGCGGCGGAGGGAAGCUGUUGGCUGCCCAGGUCGUGCAGAUUCUGGUGAUCGUCGGUUGGGUCACCGCGACGAUGGCACCGUUGUUUUAUGGGCUUCACAAGCUGCAAUUGUUGAGGAUCUCCGGCGAAGAUGAGGUGGCGGGCAUGGAUAUGACGAGGCAUGGCGGGUUUGCCUACGCGUACCAUGACGAGGACGACCCGACGGUGAAACCGGAUUUCAUGAUGAGGAGGAUUGAGCCUACUAAUGAAAGCACGCCCAACUCACAAGGCAACAAUGUUUGAUGGUUCUAUGCCACUCUGUUAAAAAAAGAAUGUGUGGGCAAGUCGUUUUGUAGUCUAUAUCUGUGGUGUUUAUUAGUAUCAUAGUAUGGAAAUCAGAUCAUAAAGAAUGCUUGCUGUGAAGCAGCAACAGGGAAAACAGAGAGUGAAGGAGAAAACAAGUCCUGUUAUAUAUGUUGGGUUUUGGUUUUUGGAUCUUAUUAGUAGGUAGUGUUAAGUUUUGUUAUGAGAUCAAAUGUCUUAGAAAGCCUGUGGAAAUUGGAAGUUGCAAACUGAAGAUCACGUUGCUUGUUAUGUACAUCCCUUAAUUUCUAUAAUUCUCGAGUAGUAGUUAUUCUUCUGUGCUACUCUGUUUCUAGUCCCAUUUACUAUCAACUGCUACUGUGCUGUGCUGCCUGUGCAGCAAAGUCUCUAGAACGCUUGAAUUCACAUACUCAACAAGUGUUUGCUACAUAGUCCAUACACUUCGAUAGUGUUCACUCUAUUCCCUUUCCUAAAUUAUAAAUCCACCCCGUAUUC